GGCUUCACACUCCUCCCUCUCCCUCUCUUUAGCCACCAGAGUAAACCCUGCAAACAUAGGUGUCACUUGGUCCGCUUAAGCCCCACUGGGAGGAAUGCUAGGCUGAGCAAACAUGCCUUCAGGAUUUCACAGCAAAGCCCUUCAACCAAAAAAAGGAUCAAGACCUUUCUUUGAAAGAAAGAAAGAUAAGGACUGCCUGAGGAGAGAACCUUCUGGAAUUUCUGAGCAGCCCUGGUCAGUACAAGAUGGACCCUGUAGUCUUGAGUUACAUGGACAGUCUACUGCGGCAAUCAGAUGUCUCACUAUUGGAUCCUCCAAGCUGGCUCAAUGACCAUAUUAUUGGGUUUGCCUUUGAGUACUUUGCCAACAGUCAGUUUCAUGACUGCUCUGAGUACGUCUGCUUCAUCAGCCCCGAAGUCACCCAGUUCAUCAAGUGCACUAGCAACCCAACAGAGAUCGCCAUGUUCCUUGAACCCCUGGAUCUCCCCCACAAGAGAGUUGUAUUUUUAGCCAUCAAUGAUAAUUCCAACCAGGCAGCUGGGGGAAGCCAUUGGAGUUUGUUGGUUUAUCUCCAAGAGAAAAAAACCUUUUUUCAUUAUGAUUCCCAUAGCAGAAGCAACUCAGUCCAUGCAAAGCAGGUAGCAGAGAAACUGGAGGCUUUCAUAGGCAGAAAAGGAGACAAACUGGCCUUUGUGGAAGAGAAAGCCCCUGCUCAACAAAACAGCUAUGACUGUGGGAUGUACGUGAUUUGUAACACUGAGGCCUUGUGUCAGAACUUCUUUAGGCAACAGCCAGAAUCACUAUUACAGCUGCUCACUCCUACGUACAUCACAAAGAAGAGGGGAGAAUGGAAAGAUCUCAUUGCCAGACUUGCUAAAAAUUAGCUGUUGAAGUGUAUUUUGUGACUUUUGAAGCCUCCUCUCUCUGCCCAUCCCCAUUUAUUGGAUGGCUGCAAUCUCAGUGCCUGAGGGAAGAUGCCUGGUAGAGGGAAGCUUAGGAUUUUUACUUUCUCUUGAAAGAAUGUCAUCCUCUGCAUUAUCCUAAUGAAAGUUUCACUUUAACCCUAGCUUGAGAGCAAUAUGUUCUGUGAAAAUGUCUUGAAGUUAUGCACCAAAACCUUAAGACCAAGCGAUUUUAAGAUUUAUUAAUUCCCUUUUGGUAUCCCUUAUCCAUAUUGGCUUAUUCCCAAGGAAAGGCAGUAAUCUGUAAAAUAAAUUAAGAAUAUGUGAAAUCUAGAGGAAUGCAAGAAGAAAACUAUUGAAGAACCAAAAACUUAUUGCACAGCCUACAUAUUUAAAGAGAUCAACUGGCUAGAAGCAGAUCAAGACCUAACCUAAUUCAAGAUUAAAUGCUAUGAAAAUCAUUUACUCAGUUCUGUGAUCUCUCUUCCAUUCACCAUGCAAAGUCUUUUCUGGCUGUCUGCGUAACUUUUGCAAAUAUUUGAUAGAGGUGAUGUUAUCCCAUCUUCCUCCAUCUGAUUCUUGAAUGCUUUAAGUAAGGGGGAACUUUAAGUAAUUUCAUUAAAAUAAAUGGCUAUAGUAGCCCUCUUAGUUUGCUCAGUGAAUGGGGUCAACUUGCUACUCUGGAUUGAUAACAGCUUUCCGUCACCAUGUCUAUUAGCCAUGGUACACUCCUUCCUUAUGUCCAAAUUUCUCUGGUUUUAAAACUCAUGGCUGAUAACUUUCCAAGGUUACCUGUUAUUUCAGGUAAAUAUUUCUGCUUUCUGAUAGUCAGUUUUUCCUCUCCUCUCUAUCCUUAAUCUGGCAGAAUUGUUUUCAGUUAUGUCAUGGUGAUUUCAGAAUGAUUAUUCUAUCUGAAACUCACAGGGUAAAAGUUGGUUUGUUUUUGAGAUAUAAAUGAGAAAAAGUGGCCUUUGUCAACCCUUUUGCUUAAUUCAAAAUGCAGACUAUGUAACUUUUUAAAUGUGGAACCAAGAGUAAAAAAUGCUAACCCUCCUAAAUCACUGAUGUCUUUUUUCAGAGUUGCUUCAAAUA